UGACGGAGGGGGUAAGGGGGUCUGGCUGGAGAUCGUGUUGAGGUUGGCACGUUCUCUCUUGCGGACCCGUACCGCGCCUCUCUACCCGCCCGCCGGCUUUCUUCGGAACGGGAGUGGUACGCGUCGACGGAAGUGGACAGGGGGCGGCGAUGGUCCGAGCGUCAUUGCACUUGGUCUCUCCCUCUGCAAUGUCCGUCUUCCACCUUCCCUUCCAUCCUCACCCCACUAACCCCCCACUACUCACUCGGCAUCGCCUCACCCGUCUCUCUGAGCUUCUCCCACAUUUCACUCCUCAUCGCCGCAGCAUGGCGGAAGAGGUCGAUGCUGCCGCCGAGGCUGCAAACGUCGGCUUCGACCAGCUGCCUGACGAGAUUGUGGUACAGAUUCUCAUCUACUCGGACAACCCAGGAUCUUUUGGCCGAGCCUCCAAGCGCGUCUACGACCUUUCCCAGAGCUGCCACACGCGUGCACAGUACUUUCUACGAAAGCAUGGCAAAGGUCUUGCCCUCUUUUACGCCAUAUCUCGAACUAAGAUCUUCACCGAAGAUCUAUUCAGAACGCUGCUGAAUUCUGGCGCAACGCUGUCACUGGCACUUGCCCAAGAGCUCGCAAUCAGAAACUUUAAAACUACACCGACUCGACAUUACUCCGCCUACGGAGACGAGGCGACAAAAUGGGGAAAGUAUGCGGAUCUGCAAGCAGUCUUGGCGGUGCUGGCUGAGGCUCAUAAAACCGUGAGUCGGCUUCUCGUAUGCCUUCGCAACGAGAGCCUCAACAUUGUGACGUUGAGCUAAGCACCGUACGUGUAUCGGCCUCAUCGUCCCACACAGUUCUCGGGCCUGCACUUGCAUGCUCGCGAGACUGAAGAAUACCAGAGGUGGGCCGAAGGCUCCCGAGCUCGCCAUGGGGUGUCCAAUACUCGACUCGACCCCAACUUCAAGCCCGAAACCCUAUUCGAAGAGCACAAAUUCGUCCCACUGCCAUUUGGGAUCAAAGACAUAGCCGACUCUUAUUUUCAGAGGACGAUCGGACUAGCCAUUUCCAAGAUCUGACGGUUUGGCUUG